AUGAUUCUCAUUAUUGGCGCUGGCAUGGCCGGCGUAACCCUCGCGCGCUACCUCCACUCCCACAACAUCCCCUUCCGCAUCUUCGACCAGCAAGCCCAUUUCAAAAACCAAGGCUUUGGCCUUACGCUCCGCUCAGACACUACUGCAAAGCUACUCCCGCUUCUCGGCCUAGAGGAAGACGACUUUGCCACUCGCGUGGCUGUGGAUCGCAAAACUGGCAAGACGAACACCUUCUUGGUCAACUUGACGACGGGCGAGAGAUUCGCGGCUGCGAGCUUCAAAGAGGGAGCGAGCACGCGAGAUUUUAGGACAAAUAGAGAGAGGUUGAGAGGUGUCAUUAUGGGGGAUGUGGCGGGGAGGGUGGAGUAUGGAUGCAAGCUGCGAUCGUUCAGUUCUACAACUUCCGGGGUACGUGCCGAGUUCGAGAACAGGAUGGUGGUUGAAGGUAGUGUCCUGGUCGCCGCUGAUGGAGUGCACUCACUCAUCCGCACACGCCUUCUUCCGCACUGCGUUCCGCAGGAUUGGGAUGGUGUCAUGAUCAACGGCAUGUGUCGUUUCUCGCUCCCGGAGUGGGAGGCGAAGAUCAGACCGCACAUCCAGGAUGCGGCGGUGUACCCCGGAUUCGGGGAUCAGAAGAUUCUCGCCCUCACCAUAUAUGACGCCAACUGGGACCCUGCGAUCGGUUACGUCGAUGUGUCUUGGGGUUUAUCCAGAAGGAGAAAGGAAGGUCAUGAUCCGCUAUUCGUGAGGUACGGGGACCGGUCGUUCGACAAGGUAAGUGCGCCAGAAGCGUUCUGGGACGAAAUCGAAGCGUUACCGCCGAAGGAUCUUGUGGAACCGUUUAGGACUGUCUACGAAGACGUGCGAGCGCGAGGUGACAGGACGAUUCACCAUCAGCUUGUCAGCAUGCUGAUUCCGAAAGAUAAUCUGCUCGCCAAGCUUCAGACGGACAAAGUUGUUUUCAUUGGCGAUGCGGUACAUGAUUGGUCCAAUCAUGCUGGCACAGCAGCAAAUGCGGCGAUGCAGGAUGCGCUAGCGUUAGGAGAGGUGCUGAAGGGGAAGAGAAGACUAGAGGAGUUCUAUGAGGAAAGAUAUCCGAGCUGGUUGGGGAGUUACGAAAAGAAUGGAGAGGAUUUCCAGACGUUGCAUCGGCCGAUGAGUGAAUGGAGGGCACUGCUAGAUGCGCAGAAGGCUGGUCGCGAUGACGAGGAGUUGAAGAAGGCUGCUGCUCCAGCUGCACAGCUAUAG